AUGGGGGACUCGUGGACUGACUCAGCGGAAAAAGGGCUGAAAAGGUACGUACUUGGAAUAAUUAAUACAAACUAAGAUACAACAAAAACUGGAUUAGAUUAGAUACAACUUUAUUUAUCCUUUUGGGAGGGCUUCCCCAAGGAAAUUAAACGAUAUAAUAUUGAAUACUGGCAGAAUAUCUGGAUGCAAAAGUUUAAAAGCUAUGUCAAAGUAUGAAAUAACGCAAAUAUUGGUCACUUUGGUUAAACACAGUUUCUUUUGAGUGUUGGAAUUUUAAUUAAAGCUGCAUUGUUGUUUGUUUUUUUAUUUCAUUUAAUUUUAUUGAAUAGAUAAUGGUCUAGUACGGGUGCUUCCUUGUUUUUCUAGUUUUGCAAUAUCAGCCUUUUAUAAACUACUGUUCGAAACAGAACAUGCCAUCCAGCUGGAUAUUUUAUAUUAGAACAGUUUUAAAAAGACAUAUUUCAGGUAAUAACUCAAUUUUGCAAUAGCAUGUUUUUGGGAUCCAUUUUUUUAUGCUAUCCCAAACUCUCUUUCUUGUGUCUUCAGAUAUGUCAACGGGAGCCCGUUUCGUAAGAAGACGCCUUCACUUCGAUCCAGGUUCAAGUUCCUGCUCCUGUUUUGUUUCCUGCUCUUCAUUGUAAGUGUUACCCUGUCAAACACUUGUCUGUCAUUGUCGGACAGCUGCCCACUUAACCUCAAGAAGUUGCUCAAUCAGACGAGCCAGUUUUAUCCCCCCACUCCUUCCCUCGGAGUUGGACCCAGACUAAUCCUUGAAACAACUACAGCAUCAACUACUGCCCUGCCUACUGAUGCACCAACAACCACAGCACCACCAGGGAUUCAGUACCACCUUGCCUAUCCUCGCAACUACCACUUUAUCAUGGAUAACCCAGAGGUGUGCAAGAACCAGACCCCUUUCCUGGUUUUGAUGGUUCCUGUGGAGCCAUAUAACAUAGCUGCUCGGGAUGCCAUCAGGCAGACGUGGGGCAAAGAGAAGCAGGUUCAAGGUCAGGUGGUACUCACCUUGUUCAUGCUGGGAUCUUCUGGAGGAGCCAAUGUGGAGCAGCAGGAGGAGCUCAAACGGGAGAAUGAGAAGCACCAUGAUCUGAUCCAGAGCAACUUCAGGGACACUUACGGGAACCUGACCAUCAAAACUAUGGUGAUCAUGGACUGGCUGGCUUCGCGCUGCCCUACAGCAGCCUUCGGCAUGAAGAUAGAUUCAGAUAUGUUCCUUAAUAUUGAUAAUCUAAUCAUCAUGCUACUAGAGCCAAGUAUUCCUAAGCUGAACUAUCUAACAGGGAAGCUGAUGCGGAACCGACCUGUUGUGCGCUCAAAGAACUCCAAGUGGUACGUCCCCAUAGAGUUGUACCCAGAAUCGGUAUACCCGACCUACGUUCUAGGUAUGGGAUACAUCUUCUCCAAUGAUCUCCCAGAGAAGUUUGUGGAGGCGUCAAAGUCAAUCAAACCCUUUAAAAUAGAGGAUGCUUACAUCGGGAUGUGCUUGAAAAAACUGGGACUUGAACCCACAUCGCCACCAAAUCCAUCCCAAUUCAUGUCCUACAACUAUAUAUUUAACCGCUGCGCAUUCUCUAAGGUCAUCACCUACAUUCUUGAGUCCCCACAGCAACUGAUAAACUUCUGGACGGACUUGAAGAGACCAGAACCUCCGUGCUAG